AUGGACAACGACCUUCCUUGUUCUUGUGACGUUCCCACACUGCAAACAAUAGAGAACGCUGUCAGACAAUGGCGGAAAGAGUGGGAAUCAGAGAGUGCGUGGAAUGAGGCGUUCGACGAUGAACUUGGGCGUGCUCGCAUAGAGGGGGAACAUGCCACCACCACAUUCCUUGACGAGUGCGCACAAUGUAUUAUAGAUGGGAAGGAGCUACUCGAGAGCAUCCAUGACGUCGUGCGCACACAUUGCCCAUACUGCAGGGAGGGGCUUAAGUAUGAUGGUAUCUUACUAUACGAUUUGCUCGUUUGUGUCGUGUCACAAGUCAAAUUUUUUGAGGUAAAACUAGAUACAGGAUGUAACUAG